AUGCCAUGGAAAGCUUCUUUUACGACAUCAAAACUUCUUCGUUGCGCCCUCCGCAAUAUCUUAUCAACUCAGAAGUGCAUUCCCCGUAUUGCAGGGCGAUCUGUUAUCUUUCCCGCCCAUGGGGGCGAGAUCAUUUUGUGGAGGUGGCCCGGCUUUCACCGGGCUACCGAACUGACGACAACCUCUGUCAAGGAUGAGUCCAGUCCGUCUACCGCCAUGUGGACCCUGAAUCCAUCUGACUCGCGCCUGUACGUUGAUCUUUAA